AUGGGUCCCGAUUACAUCGGACCCGCCGUGGACCACUUCCAGGAGAUCAGCGCACGGUUUCCCGAGUUCUGGGCGUUCUCCCUCCUCGGGAUGGUGCUCAUUGAAUACAACACCAUCACCAAGGCUUACGCUGAGCCGAGCUUCGUCACCGGCGAGGGCGGCCUGAGGGACGACUAUAGCCUUGGAGACCUCGGCUUUGACCCCCUCAACCUCAAGCCUAAGGACCAGGCGGCCUUGGAGACGAUGCAGACCAAGGAGCUUAACAACGGGCGCCUCGCCAUGAUCGGCAUCGCCGGCAUGCUGGUGCAGGAACUGGUCAACUCGAUCAAUAUUCUCGACUUCCUUCACUGA